GACACUCGGCUCUCCACUCCUCCUGAGGAAGGGCUCCCCUGCCAGUGGGCAGACAUGGCCUUCUGGAUCGGGGCCUUGGCCCUCUUUGGCCUCCUGGCCUGCUGGCUUUGGAGACGGGCGGCAUCCGGGCAGCACAAACAGGGGCCCAUGGAAGAAGAAGAAGAGGAGCAGGGGGGGUGUCACGGCCGGGCCGACUUUGCCGUUGGAGACUGCCAACUGAUCUGCAAGCCCUCGGCUCUUGCGCAGGCCUUGCUCAAGAGCUUCCGCAGGUGCCCGGACCUGGAGGCCCGGUGCUGGGCGUGGAAGAGCUGGCCGAACCUCCAGACUGCCGCCCAGCUCCUGUGGCCACCAGCCCAGGCGCUGGAGUUUGCCAGAGACCACCUCGAACUGGCAGACGGCGGCCUCGUGGCCUUGGACUGGGUGGUGGGGCCGUGGGAGCCGGGCAGCAGAAGAGCCACCAGCCCGGGGAAGGCCGCCACGGUGCUCCUGGUGGUGCCCAACGCCACCGGCCGCCUCACCCGGGCGGUCCACCAGCUGUGCCAGAUGGCCCUGCAGCAGGGCCACUGGCCGGUCAUCUUCAACCGGCGAGGGCACAACGGCUGCCCUCUCACCAACCUGCGGCUGCAGCCCUUUGGCCAGCCGGCGGACCUGAAAGAGGCCGUGGCCUACAUCCGCUCCCGCCACCCGGCCACCCUGCUCUUUGCUGUCAGCGAAGGCUCCGGGUCGGGCCUGCUGCUCUCCUACCUAGGCGAAUGCGGCUCCUCCAGCUCCCUCCGAGGGGCGGCCUGCAUCUCGCCUGUGCUCAAGUGCCGGGACUGGCUUGAAGGCGGCAUCCCCUGGCUGUACGAACAGAGCCUGCUCUUGCUGCAGAAGAGAGACAUCAGCAGGUACCGCAAGGCCCUGCGGGAGGCCGUGGACAUGGAGCGGGUGCUGAGAUGCGGCUCCCUGCAGGAGUUUGAAGAGGCCCUCUUCUGCCCCCAGGAGAGGGGCCCGGCCACCACCUGGGAGGCCUACUGGGAACACAACGACCCACUGAGGGACGCGGACAAGGUGGCCGUGCCGGUGCUGUGCCUGUGCAGUGCCGACGACCCCAUCCGGGGCCCACCCAGAGACACCCUCCCCUGGGAGCUCUUCCGGAGCAGCCCGUACUUCUUCCUGCUGCUGACCCCGCAAGGCGGGCACUGUGGCUUCCUGAGGAAGGGGUCCUCCCCCCCCUCCAGCUCCUGGGGCAACGCAGUGGCCCUGGAGUACCUACGUACCUUGGCCAAGUUCUUCCGCUCCGAGGAGAGGCUGUGCCGGAGAAGCUCCCGCGUGCAGCAUCGCCGGCGCUGAGGGGCCCUCCCGUGCAGAGAGGCCUUGCUGCUCUCCCCCAAGACCUUCAGCUGGCAAAGGUCCUACACACGGUGAGGGUGUCGGUGUCGUCGUCAGGAGCCACAGGAGGAAGUGGGGUUGAGAAGGAAUCCCCCCCCCUGGCAGCUGGAAUACACCUGCCCAGUUUUUAUUUAAACUAUUUGCUCCCUAAUCCUAAUUCGGAUGUUACUCAUAUCGUGGCCAAAUAUUGUUAUAUGAUAUGCCAAAUGCGUAUAAAUGUAGUCUGAUUUUAUAUCAUCAUCUUAUUAUCAUCAUUAUUAUUUUAAUAUUGUUGUAUUUCUGGUCUACGACCGAAAUAAAGUUUUACUAACCUG